AUGGUGGAAGGGAUGGUAGUCGCCGUGCCGAAUGGGGUGAAGGCGGAUGGCGCCCUCGCCGCCGCCGCCGCCAAGGCAGAUUCUCCUAAAUCCGUUCUGGAGGACGAGAAAAUUUCGGAGUCGAAGAAUGGGAACGCCUCCUUUGCCACAGAGACAGUUAAGCAGGAGAAAGACGAUGAGAGCUCUGACGAUUUUGUGGAUGCAAGUUCGUCCCUGCCUGUUCACCAUGAAAUCGACAGUGCUGGUGUGCCCCCUGUUGUUAAGGCAGUCAAGGACGAAGAGCAGCUUCUGGAGCCCGUCAAGCAGGAUAAAGUUGAUGGUUUCCUGGAUGCAAGUUUAUCUAUACCUAUUGACCUUGAGGCCAAGAAUGGUGAUGUAUCCCUGAUCACAGAAGCAAUGAAAAAGGAAGAAGAGCAGCUUGAGGAGGCGCGGAUUAAAGCAGAGGAAGAAGAGGAAGCCAGGAAGAGGGAAGAAGCUGCAAAAAUUGCUUUUGAUCCUAAGGCGCGGUAUAGCAAAUUAGAUGAGCUGCUGACGAAGACACAGCUAUAUUCAGAGUUCCUGCUUGAGAAAAUGGAUAAAAUUGCUGAUGAAGUCGAACCUCAAGGUGAAGAGUCACCAGUAGAGGAGAAGAAGAAAGGACGUGGCCGAAAGAGGAAAGCUAAGGCCACACCACAAUACAAUGAUAAAAAGGCUAAGACAGCAGUGGCAGCCAUGCUUACAAGAUCCCGUGAAGAUCGCCUUGCUGAUGAUUCUACACUCUCGGAAGAAGAAAGGUGUAAAAAAGAGCAAGCCAAUCUUGUGCCUUUAAUGACUGGUGGGAAGUUGAAGUCAUACCAGAUCAAGGGUGUGAAGUGGCUAAUUUCGUUGUGGCAGAAUGGGCUAAAUGGGAUACUUGCUGACCAAAUGGGCCUUGGGAAAACAAUCCAGACAAUCGGAUUUCUUGCUCACCUGAAGGGGAAAGGCAUGCAUGGUCCAUACUUGAUAAUUGCUCCUCUUUCCACUCUCUCAAAUUGGGUGAAUGAGAUCUCGAGGUUUGUUCCAUCUGUUACUAGUAUCAUUUAUCAUGGAGAUAAAGUGGCCCGGGCAGAGAUAAGAAGAAAAUUCAUGCCUAAAACUGCUGGUCCUGAUUUUCCUAUAAUAGUGACUUCAUUUGAGGUUGCCAUGUUAGAUGCAAGGUUUCUUGCUCACUAUCAGUGGAAGUACGUCGUUGUGGAUGAGGGGCAUCGGUUGAAAAAUUCUAAGUGUAAACUAUUUAGGGAGAUGAAGCGCAUACCAAUGGCUAACAAGCUCCUUUUGACUGGGACACCCCUUCAGAACAAUCUGGCAGAGCUGUGGUCACUAUUGAACUUCAUUUUGCCUGAUAUAUUCUCAUCGCACCAGGAAUUUGAAUCAUGGUUUGAUUUUUCUGUGAAAGGAAGUGAAGAACCAGAAGAAACUGAAGAAAAAAGAAGGGUCCAUGUUGUUUCAAAGCUUCAUGCCAUUUUGCGUCCAUUCCUUCUGAGACGGAUGAAGGAGGAUGUAGAACAGAUGCUUCCACGGAAGAAAGAGAUAAUCAUUUAUGCUAACAUGACUGAGGUUCAGAAGCGAAUCCAGGAUCAUUUAGUUGAGAAAAGCUUUGAUGUCUACUUGAAUGAAGAAUCAGAUAUUGUGCUGCGGAAACCUGGCAUCAAGGCAAAGCUAAAUAGUCUCUGUAUUCAAUUGAGGAAGAACUGUGCCCAUCCUGAUCUUUUGGAAGCUGCAUUUGGAACAACAAGCCUGUAUCCACCUGUUAAUAAGCUUUUAGAGCAAUGUGGCAAAUUUCAGCUUCUGGACAGGCUACUAACUUCCCUUCUUGCACUCAAGCACAAGGUUCUAAUAUUCUCACAAUGGACAAAAGUUUUGGACAUUCUUGAGUAUUACCUAGGUUCAAAAGGCCUCGGGGUUUGCAGAAUUGAUGGUAGUGUUAAUUUGGAAGAGAGGCGGCGGCAGAUAGCAGAGUUUAAUGAUUUGAAUAGCAGUCUGAAUGUCUUCAUUCUGAGCACGCGGGCUGGUGGGCUUGGUAUCAACCUUACUUCUGCUGAUACAUGUAUCCUAUAUGACAGUGACUGGAAUCCUCAGAUGGAUCUGCAGGCCAUGGAUCGAUGCCACCGGAUUGGUCAAACACGCCCAGUGCAUGUAUAUAGGCUGGCAACCUCACAUUCUGUUGAGGAACGUAUCAUCAAGAGAGCUUUUGGGAAGUUAAAGCUAGAGCAUGUGGUGAUAGGGAAGGGACAGUUUGAACAAGAAAGAGCAAAGCCUAACGUCUUCGCGGAGGGGGAGCUGCUGGCGCUGCUUAGGGACGAGCAGGACGAGGAAGACCGGAUGAUCCAGACCGACAUCAGCGACGAAGACCUCUUGAAGCUGAUGGACCGGAGCGACCUGUCCGGACCACCUGGUGCUGCCGAUGCCACACCACUGAUCCCGCUGAAAGGUCCUGGCUGGGAGGUCGUGGUGCCAACCAAGAGCAGUGGCGGUAUGCUCUCGUCGCUCACGAGCUGA